CAAAACUUCCCAUCCGAGUCGUCCCACCCCUGCUAUCGCCCUCCCAUAUACAGCGAUAGCAAAAGCUUUCCCCAAUCAUGCCUUCCGCAGCCGACAUUCUCAGCGAUCCUGAAAUCGCGCAAGCAUACGAAGACGUGCGCUCUGACAAAUCCGAGACCACGUGGCUUAUCUUGAAGUAUGCAUCCGCAACCUCAGAUAACCUCAAACUCGCCGGCACAGGAAGCGGCGACAUUGCCGAGAUGACCGAGAGUCUUGGCGACGACGAAGCAGCAUAUGCCUACGUGCGAAUGAAGCUAGGAAACGACGAGUACAGCGAGCGCGUCAAAUUUGCUUUUGUUGUUUGGCAAGGUCCCCAAACAAAGGUGAUGCGCAAAGCCAAGAUGAGCUUCCAGAGCGGUCAGGUGAAGCAGGUCAUCCGGACCUAUGCUGUCGAGAUCCAGACAGGAGAUAAGAAGGAUUUGGAGGAAGAGGCAGUGACGAUGAAGCUUAGGAAAGCUAUGGGUGCGAAUUAUGAUCGCCAGAAGACAAACUACUAGAAUAUGUUGUGCCAUAUGGUAACGAAUUAAUCAGACUCCACGAGUCGACCUAGCGAGUCAUAU